AUGUUCGGCAGUGCAUCUAGUUUUUCACCUGGCAUUUAUGGCAGCCUUGGCCUUGGAAUGACCACAACAACCGGCACGCAUAAUCCGAUGAAAGAUUUCGAAGUCCUGCAUCCUCCAGAUGACAGCAUACAGGCGCUGAAAUUCAGUCCCCCUUCAAUUCCUCAGAACUUUCUCGUUUCCGGAAGCUGGGACAACUCUGUCCGAGUGUGGGAAGUAAAACAGGAUGGGAAAACAGAGACUAAGGCUGAGCAAAAAAUGAACGGACCGGUUCUCGAAAUCGACUGGGCUGAUGAUGGAAGCAAGAUAUUCAUCGCUUGCGCAGAUCGAACAGUUAAAAUAUGGGACAUUGCCAGCAGUCAAAUUAUUACUUUAGGACAGCAUGAGAAUGCAGUGAAAACGUGCAACUGGAUAAAAGCUCCUACUUACAGUUGUUUGAUGACAGGCUCAUGGGACAAAACACUCAAGUUUUGGGAUAUAAGAAGUCCAGGCAAUUCAAUGGCCAGCGUUUCGUUGCCUGAAAGAGUUUACUGUGCCGAUGUGAUGUAUCCAAUGGCCGCCGUCGGUACUGCUGACAAAAAUAUCAAGAUUUACAAAUUAGAAGGACAACCGGUUGAGGUCAAGACCAUUGAAUCGCCUCUUCGGUUUCAGCACCGAUGCAUUUCGAUUUUCAAAGACCGUGCAACAAACGCCCCUGUCGGGUUCGCCCUUGGUUCGAUCGAAGGCCGUGUAGCGAUUCAAUAUGUGGAUACGGUGGAUGUGAAGGCGAACUUUACUUUUAAAUGUCAUCGCUCAGCUGAGCUUGUUAAUGGCUACCAGGAUAUUUAUGCGGUAAACGACAUGUGCUUUCAUCCUCAGCAUGGAACUCUUGCCACCGUUGGGUCUGAUGGAAGGUACUUCUUUUGGGACAAAGAUGCUAGAACGAAGCUAAAAAUGUCUGAGAAAUUGGAGCAACCCAUUACCAGAUGCUGUUUGAACAAAACAGGCGACAUCUUUGCCUAUUCAGUCAGUUACGAUUGGUCGAAGGGACAUGAAUUUUACAAUCCGCAGCAGAAGAAUUAUAUAUUUUUGCAUGGAUGUUCCGACGACAUGAAACCGAGAUCGAAAAAAUAG